AUGGGGAAGUAUGCACAUUUGGUGUCCCGGCUUGUGAACAACACACAGCUGAAGAUAACACAGACAACCAAAGUGCUCCCUAGACAACUGUUAGAUGCAGCACUACUGGCUCCGGCUGUUCCCAAGGUAGCUGCCUCUGCCGCAUAUCGAUUUCAGGCCAAAUGGGAAGAAAAAGUUGCGAUGGCUGCAGAGCCUAUUUCAAAUAAUGAUGGAUCCAGCUUUUCCUCAAAGCACAAAGAACCUCAUUUUGUGUUGCCCGAAAACAAAGGUUUGUCCACCUGCAAAAGCCCAAUCGAAAUAGAACGCGCAAAAGCAGAACGCACAUGGGAACUCCUCGAAGUACAUGCAUUGCUGGCUCUGCCGAGUCUAAGUCCCGCAGGCAUCCUUCAAUUUCUCUUCUUGGCGCUGCGUGGAAAUUUCACCCCAAGGAAAUUCUUACUAGAGCUUCGACAAUUUCUUCUUGAGGGAGAGCCUGCAGCCCCCCCUGUCGAAGCAUUUUGGCUUUUGUGGACGGCAAAUGACUUGGCACUGCUCUGCAAGUUACUAGUUGAGCACAACAUCGAAGAUGCGAUUUUGUUCGCAAGAGUCGGGUUUCAAAUUGUCGCUAAUCUGCAGCAUUUCCGUCCUGGAGAUGUUGCUCUCGUUUUAGCUGCUGCAGCUACGGACUCAUCGGUCCAGCUCAGAGAUGUUCUGCUGCAGCCACUACAUGUGCAACUCUCGCAAUUUCCGCUGCUCUCUGAAGGCGAAAUGGAAUAUGCUGAGGCUCCAACAGAGCCCGCAAAUAUUCCAGAUGAAGGGUGCCGAUCGCGGCCCCAUGAGUGCCUGUUUGAGUCUCUGUUAAAGCGUCUAACUGCGCAGUUAAACCAAGCUGAUCUAAAUGACUGCGUGCGCGCGUUCCUUGCGGCUCUCCGGAUUUUCACUGCCACCUCGUAUAGUAGCUUGCUCCAAGCAGGCCACAAUGGUGCGCAAAAUAGCCACCCAGGCGCUUCGUCAGUUGUUUUGGACUCUUUGUGCUGCUUAGUGAAUCAUUUGCACCCAAAUGUGUCAAAAGUAUCAACCCGCGCAAAGCUGUGCAUCAUCACUGGCUGCGUUGGAGCGUUGCAUUUCCUAAAAGAACCCGAAGCCGUGUCGAUGGUCACACUGUUAAGUGCUGUGGACACCGCGGUCGAAGUGGGGAGAGAGACACUCGCAAGCCAUCGUGGCAGUAGUCCUUCAAACGACAAAUUCAAAGGUGGCGGCAAGAAUCUGGAUGACGUGUACCAAUCCAGCAAGGCUGCUAUUUUGCGUAGUAGCUUAUUUUCUGUUCCUCACUCUAAAACUGUCGCUCGGCGAGAUGACAGCGCUGACUGCCUGCGGAAGCUUUAUGCGAACCUUGAGGCAACUGAACUCGAAGUCGCGGUUCGCAAUGCACUUGUUUCCUCCAUAUCAUCGCUGUGCGCCGAUGCGUACAGCAUACCUGGAGAUUUGAAGCCUGCAGAAGCAGUAGUCCUCUUAGACAUGCUGUGGCAACUCCGCAUGUACCACAGUUUCGCCGUUCCGUUUUCCUGCGUGAACGGUGCCUAUUUUCAACUGUUAGCGAACAUCCAUCAGUUGUCUGCCCGUCAAGUCAUAGCGCUUGUGGCCUGCUUUGAACAGUGCCACUCCAAGGCCGGUGACGAGCACAGGCACUCUCCCCUUGAAGGAAUAUCAGGAAGUAGCCCCACGAGAGUUCCUAGCGAACGGCACUGGAAAGAACUGGCUAAAUUGACACAGCAACGUAUUCGUGAGAAGAUCAUAGACAGCAGCCUCAGUUUAACAGAUCAGGUACACCGGCGCUCGAUCGUUUGGGGGGCCGGGGCUCCUGAGGAAUCCGGACUGCAGGAGAUGAUGGCCAUAGGGUGCUCCAACCCUGCUCGUGGUGCUGACGAGGCCAUCGCGUCUAAUGCAUGCCGAAGCAGCGCCAGCACAAAAACAGUAGAAGGUUUGUCUUUGGACCCGUUUUUGUCCGCUCCCCUCCAACCUGCCUGUCGACCGGUGCGGGCAUCAGUCCUGUGCUCCGUCCCUUUCUGGAGUGCUCACCAGUACAUGACAGAGGAUACAGAGGGUUGA